AUGAACGGUGCAAAUAAUAAAGUUCUUGCUGAUAUGAUUGAUAGUCCUCUCGGUCUAUCUCCAAUGGGAAAUUUAACAAUAAAUUUUAAUGAAUCUUCACUAUCAUCUACACCUUGUUAUAAAAUAAAUGGAAGAAGAUUAUCAAUGUCUAGUUUGACUCCAAAUACUCCAACCAGCAAUAAUAGUUUAUUUGAUACAUCAGAUGGUGACGUAAGAAGUGGAAGUUUAAUACGUAGAAUGAAUUCAGCACCAAGUGGAUCUUUAUUAGAAAACAGUGACGUGGGACAAGAUGGCAAUAAUAAAAUGAUGGCUCAAAUACAAAAAGAAUCGAGCCCGUUAAAAAAUUCUCAUCCUGAAAUGAGUCCUUAUUCCAGACCCAUUGAACAACACGAUACCGAAUCUAGGGAUAGCGGUUAUGCUGCCGAAGAAUAUUUACCACAAAUAUCUAAAACUUCUUCUGGAGUUCUUCUGGACAAGAAAAAGCACUAG